UAAGGAUUAUGGGUAAAACAUAAGGUUACCAAAGACAACCGUGACAAUGGUGGCAGUUUCAGCCCUCGCUGUGUCCUCCCUGCUCUGAUGCAGCGGAUCACCGGCCUCGCUGCGUGCCGGGACCUCGGCGGACUUGCAGCGCGCUCACCCGGGCUCUGCGCCUGGAAAAGAAGCUCGAGCUGCAGCAGGCAACCGGCCGUGCACCGGCAGUGGGCGGGGGUGUUUGUGCGUACAGCGCGUCCUUUCACUGUGGAGUCUUGGGCACACUGCCGGAGACUGUGCAGGAGGAGGUUCGUGUUCGCCGGUCAGACACACAGACUGUGCAGCUCACAGCCCGGAGACGACGACCCGCGAAGGACCUCCGGCGGUCAUUCCGGUAUCUCCGUGAUCGGCACCCCGGACCCGAUAACAUGGAUCCGGUGUAAAGUCAUCAUGUAUCUCAUCGAUCUGUACUUUGAGUUAGACGUCAACUCUGUAGAGUUUGACAGAGGAGUAAAGCAGGCUUUGGUCCAUGUCUCCAGCAUGAUGUCCAGUGGCAGCUACCACAGGCUGGUGGGGAUAGUAUCCAAUGAGAUGAUUGAUUAUGUUGAGAAGAGGUGCAGGUCGCUCACCGAUGCUCAGAGACAGCAGCUAGCUGUCAAAAUGGACGAUAUUAUAUUUAUGCUGCCGGAAGACGUGUCUGUCGUGUUUGAUCAACACGGUAGAAAGUUCUGCUUCAUCGUCAUGAGGUUUUGGUUCCUGUCAACACACGAAGGCCCUGAUGACCCCGAGGGCACAAAGAUCUUCAAAGUAUCCCCUCGGGAAGAUGGCGGCCCACAGAAGAAAAUAGUGACAGCAGUCUAUGAAUUCCACCGAGAGCUGACGAGAGGAGCCUCUCCUGACUGGACGGUCAAGACUGUUUGGCACUGGCAGUGGAAACUGGCUGAGUGAUUUGACUCGACACUGCAGGCUGUUUGUCAGUCAUCAGGACAAAACAGGGGAGUAGUGAUUGACUGAAUUUACUUAUGCGUAAAAGACAACAUUGAACUGGGCUACGGGCAAAGCGAGUAGCAGAAUGAUUGUUGAAUAGACUGACUGUCUAUUAGGAUCACAUGAAAUGGGAUCCAAGCUGCGCAGACAAACCAGGACCACAGAACUUUAUAAAUGUGCCCACCCUCCUACUGGAAGUCAUCCUCCGAAGAUCAGGUGCCUUUACACCCGCCCCUGUGAUUUUACACUAUUGAAAACAGUAACCCCCACACUGUACAAGACUUUUAAUCUGUCUCUUGCUAAAAAACAUCUGUUGAGUAUGUUGCCAAAGAAUACAAAUUUCACUCCAGGUAGGUUCAUGUACUAGCUUUUUCAACCACAUCUCUGCAAAUUGAGUUUGCUCAGUUAUUAUGGUGAUGGCUCAGUUGUCAUCAUGUGACCCACAUAUGCGAGUGUGUCACGUGUCAACAGCUGCUUGUAUAUGGUCACAUCACAUGAGCAAAGUUCCAUACACACUGUAGGUUGGGUGAUAACCAACCAUGCCCAUGACAAAUCACAGCACUAUCCACUGAGGAAGACUAUGAGAUGCAGCUUAAAGAUCCAGAAAAGGCUGUUAAGUGGACCUUGAUUUUAUUUAUUUUUUUGUCAAACCACUAUUUCCAAGGCCAAGAAUUGAUUUUGACACUCUGUUGCGUAUGUUAAAUCUAAUAUAUUGAAUCAAUAAGUUGUGAGAUCAUACCAAACUGUACCUAUGACCCUUUAAAAUACACAGGAAGUCGACGCAAGGGUUGAACUGUGCCUUAAACUA